AUGCGCAGCUUGUGUUACGCCCGAAAACACGCCCAGCGAGCCGCCUUACUCGAGCUCCUAAGCAACAAGCACAGUAAGACUAUUUCUCACUACACGCAAGCCACAUUUUAUUUGGAAGAAGCACUGGAAACGAUCCUGCACCGGAUUCGACGGUACUCGCUAAGACUGGAAAAGCUGCGACCUCACGUCACCCAGCCAGAGCUGUGGCUCGACAUCGUGCCGCACAGCAACACCGUCGUCGCCAACAAGAGAUAUCUUUGCGAAUUCGAAGGCCUCGUGGUGUUUGGCCAACAUUGCGGACGCUGCGUGAAUAUGGAAUUUAUUGACGUCCUGCGGCAAGCGUUCCAUCUCCUGCGAAUUCCUAGUCUGGAAGUACCUCUGAGCGGCGUUCAGGAAAAGUCCUGCAAAACUCUUCUCGUUUCCGGACCAGACGCAGUUGGCAAGUGCAGCUUUGCCCGCGCCUUCUGCACUAGAACCUGGCUUUCAACUGCAUGUUACAUCUACGUACCAGAAUUCCUCCAGAAGCCGCAAGACCGACUCCUACUCGCAAUGGCCACCGUGUUCUCAGCAGUGGAUACCCGACGACCUACCGCUAUAAUCCUGGACAGACUGGAAGCCCUUUGUCAGCCCAGCUAUGAAUCGGCCUUCCGCGUGUUCCAGAAUUGCAUCAAGAAAAUUAUCGAAUCAAAAUGUUGCUGCCAACAGGUCAUCGGAAUCACGAACACCCCCUGGCUGCUCAGUCCUCAAAUGCAGUCUUUGUUCCAAAGGCGGGUUUACGUGCCACUGCCGGAUGAAGAGGUUCGGGCGCUCAUAACGAGGCAUCUGCUCAGUGGAAACGAUGGCUACGUGACCGACUUGUCCCUGCAGGAAGUUGCGGACGCUACAGUCGGAUUUACAAGCUCUCAGCUGGCGAUGUGUCUUCGAAGUCCCUUCUGGCACAUAAACUGCAGGCAGAAACUGAACGAACGCUUCGUGGAACUGCUCAGCACAUCCGGUGUGGGAUCGACGAAAUGCUUGUGCCUGGGCAAUCAAUCGGAAGAGGAAUAUAGCUUGGGUAGCGAAGCACCGUUUGCGCCGCACUCUUCUCCGUUGUUACCUAUAGACGAUGAUCUGAUGGCAGCGAUUGAAGCCAUGACGAGGGUUCGUGCCAAAAAUCCGAGAGAACGGCCGCCAGAGUCGAAGAAAUGGAAAAGCCCCUCAAGAUGCUCUCUGCCUCUUUGUGCUAUGUCGUAG